AUGAUAACUGUUUGUCAAAGUUACGAGGACCACACGUUGAUGGCGGAGAAAUAUAAGAUCAUGAAAAUAAAUGUGGUCGCUUAUGUUGGAACUGUGUAUGGUUCUUGCGCGUUUUUCAUUCUAGAAGGUCUGCGGAAGAUGUAUGUAGGUUCUCACUUCGUAACGGUGGUGACAUACUACCCGUCGUAUGGAGACGAUACAGCCAUAGCAAAUUUUGUUAGAGUGUGCGGCACGUUAGUGCUCCUCGUCAUGAUGGUCACCAUGAUAGUGUCCGUGGAUUCCUUCACCAUGGUUUACAUCAUCAUGUACAAGUAUAAGUUCAUUACACUGAGACAUUACUUUGAAAAUCUGAGGGAAGAAGUUGAAAGACUGAAUCAGAGAGACAAUAAUUUAGCAGAAGAAAAAGUAUUAAACGGACUAAUAGAAGGAAUUGAAAUGCAUAGUAAUUUAUUAAAGUUAUCAAAAGAGAUCGACAAAGCGUUUGGGACCGUGAUGGCGCUACAACUUUGUCAAAGCUCCGGUUCUGCCGUGUCUAUCCUUCUUCAAAUUGCCUUAUCAGAUGACCUAACAUUCGUGGCAACAGCGAAGUUAAUAUUCUUUAUGAUUGCAUUAUUCUUUCUCUUGGGACUGUUUUUGUGCAAUGCUGGAGAAAUAACUCACCAGGCUUCAUUAGUAUCAGAUGCAAUAUUCUACUGCGGCUGGCAUCUGUGUCCUCCCCGGGUAAAUAAUAUGCCUCGUCGCAAUAUUAGACAAUUGGUUGUUUUGGCGUUAAUGCAAGCUCAACGACCGCUUGUUAUGAAGGCGUUCAAAAUGGUUGAACUUAGCUACGCAACAUUUUUAAUGGUGGUGCGUGGAACGUAUUCUGUUUUUGCGUUAUUUUACGCACAGAAUAAAUAA